AAUCUCAUCAACGACUUCUACAUAGAACUCGAUGAACCACAUAGGGUAUGGAGCCCAGGAGAAAUAGUCACAGGAGUGGCAGUGCUUGACCUGAAGAAGAACAUAACAGACAUUAACAUCAUGCUGACCCUUAUGGGACUAAUAAAGAUCAAAUCUGGACAGCCAACGGGCUCGGUGAGGCGCAAACCGCAUAUCUUGUUCAGACAUACUUCUGUAAUUUAUGGCUAUGACCACAACGAAGUAUCACAGAGAGAACACUGCGACGAGGCCAUCAUCGGGUUGAGCAAAGGAGAACACAGGUUCCCCUUUUCGGUCAAACUACCAAAGAAGAACAUUUUCACCUCUAUAAGCUUUGAAAAGGGAUCAAUAUCGUACUCGUUAAGGGCGUCCAUCAACCACAACCAAUCAGGUUCACCUUCAACGUCAAAGAACUCAUCGCCAGCUUCACAGAUUUCUUCUUCUGGCGAGUCCAUCUUAAUGCCAUCGCCAAAGAACUCGAUCCACUAUUGUGAGAAGAAUCUCAAUAUCAUUGUGCCCAUAAACGUUGCUAAAAUACCCAAACCACAGACCAAACAUGCCUAUCUGAAAGUUUCAGACAAGAAAUUGCUCAAGACCAUUUCAUCAACUUCAACGAUCAAUUCAAAUACAACACAAUCAACAAAUAACAGUGAUAACAGUACCGAAUCUGGCUCCAAUUUUCACCUACAGUUGAACAAAGAUCAGGCCCUUGUUAAGCUUUCCGUGGAUAUGGAACAAUCCGGUUACCUGAGGGGAGAGACUAUACCAAUCAAAAUCCGUGUUUCUCAUUACAAACCUAUUCAAUCCUCAUGUGGGUUAAUAGUUACGCUCAUUCGUCUAUGUCGUGUGGAUAAUGGACCAGAAACUCCAUUACACUCUUUUAGAAAGGAUCUUUGUCAAGUAAUUACACCUCUUUAUAUCGAUCCACAGACGCUCACUGCUGAAGUUUCAACAACUUUAAAGGUUCCCGUGGAUUCAUUCCCAACCAUUGUGGGUACUGGACUUGUAACCUUCCAAUACUAUAUUGAAGUACUUGCAAACGUUACCAACAAGAACUUUAUGAAAAACAAUGCAUCGCAGAAACAGAAUGCUUCUCAAAAAUUCUCACAUUCCAUUAUGUUUGAUUUAGGUCAACAACAUGACCAUCUUAUAAUGUCAGAAAAUGGGAUGGUUAAUGUGGAUAACAUCAAAAGGGGCAAAAACAUGCUUGGUUUGAACACUGAGGUUAUAGUUGGAACUGAAAGGGUUAAGAGGAACAGAAAGAAAUCCCCUGUAAGCCAGUUGAAACAACAAGAAGGCGUCGGUGAUUCACAAGGCAAUGAGUCCAACUCCGAGUACUCUGCUCCGCCACUUAACGGAUCUGCGUCUCACAGAUUACCACGUUCUCCACUAGCUACAAGUCUUGUUCACCAUCAGGUCGAUAUGGCAUCUGAUAAGGCUGAAUUGGAGAGAAAUAGGCUGCUCCAACUGGAGAGUGAUCCACCUGAGUUUGAC